AUGAUGAUGCACGACUUCCAACUCCUGCCAGCUAUGCAGGAGCACCCAGUGCUCAAUGGUCAGAAACGAACAUUCGAUGCAGCCAUCAUCGACGACGCGAGGUACGAGGAUCCAAGUAUCGCAAAUUUGCCCUCGUUUGACAAGAAUGCAUGGUAUUAUCCUUCUCAAGAAUACGAAUUUGACGAUGUCCGCCUCGCCUCGGCAAAGGGCAAUUGGGGCCGGAAGCUCAUUCACAACGCAAGAUGGACUAGGACGGGCAAGAUAGCCCCAUGGGCUCCUGGCUUAGAGGAUAGGCAGGUCGAGGAACGCGCCAGAAAGCGCAUCAAGAUGCUCAUGCCAGAGGAAGCGGAGUCUUCUACUUCUAUUGUCCUACCACACCUACGAUCGCCUUCACCACCAUUGACCGCACCGUAUCCCCCUCCUACCAUGCAACAUCUAUCAUAUACUUCCUUCGUCAUGGAUAAAGCCGUCACGCGUUCAUUCCGUUCUCGACUGCUGGACGAACUCGAAAGUGCUACCAAUAGUCUCAUAGAAGGCGAGGCUACUAUGAGGCGCGCUCUGGGUAGACUUUGGCAGGUCAUGAGUGAGGACCCAGAUGGCCAGCAAGAUACAACCAUGAUCCCAAAGCGAGAAGACGGAGGAGAGGAAGAAGACGAGAGAGAGCAAAGACUGGCCCGUGCACCUGAUCUUACGCCCAUCGUCCACAAACUUUUCAUAUCAGACAUUGAAGACAGAGCUACACCGACUCACGAGAUGCCACAUUUCCCACAUCCCGAGUAUCAGCUAGAUAGCCUGGAGAAGUCGUUGGCAGCACUGCGAGCAUUACAGGACGAUUCCAGGGAGUAUGUGGAACGAUUAGAGGAGAUCAGGGACGACAUAGGAUUUACACGGACUCAGAGGAAUGGUGUGUGGGAUUUGGUACGCAAUAAGGCACUCAAGGAGUUGCAGGAUGUAGUUGCGAGUUCCGCUGCGGCGCUAUAG